CCUUAUUUCUACUUCUCAAUAAUAAUGUCUGUGGACAUGAAAGCAAGCCAGAGUCGCGCAUGUCCACCACAGGAGAUGAAAACAACACCCUCUCCACAAACUCCCACAGAACCACAAAACCACCAUCAAAGCAAGGAGAAGAAGAAAAAUGACAGCCCCCCACCACCGCAAAAUAGAACUCCAAUCCCCCGCCGACCUGCUAUAUCUCCACACCAACGCGGUAGCCCUGUCGCGUCGCAAACUCGACUUGCACCUCCCCCCCUCCGCGACGAACGAUGGAAACGAACCAGAUCCAAUGCGGGAGCGAGUGAAAGAGUUAGUUGAUGAGUUCAUAACAAAAACCUUCACAACAGCCACCCCCUCAAUCAGCAUAAAUGGCAUGGACUCAACAACCGCCCUCCCCAUCCAACAGAACCCAAACUCAACAUCACCAUCAAUAAUCCUCUCCGCACCGGAAACGAUCGAAUACGAACCCUACGACGCCCGACUCGCAGCCCGCGUGACGUCGCUAUACGCCCAGCUCGAAUCGCUAACUACGACAGUCGCACAGUUACGACGAGAUACGCCCGCGCGCGCGGCGAGGGAAUAUGGUGAUCAGUUGAAAAAGGCAUUACUAGAAGAUGACCAGGAAGAAGAAGAACAAGAAGUAGCGGUCAACGGGGGUGGGGAAAUGGAUUGGGAUCUUCAUAUUCCCCUCGGCACAGAGGAGGAGGCGCAACGCUGGAAGGACGGAGAAGUUGCACAGGUUUACGAGGAUGCGUUGCGGACUUUACUUCGGUUGCAGGGUGAGGAGGAGAUAGAGGAAAUGGGUGAUGGUCCCGAUGGGGAUGGUGCUUUGGCUACGACGGUGGGUAAAGCUGAGAGGGCGAUAAAGGCUGCUGAGGUUGUGGAGGGUAUGAAGUAAAUAUAUCUAGACGUGUUUGAAGGCGUUUUCCCUUAUACGAGGUUCUUUUUUUGGGGGGAGGCGUCAGGUUGGUUGGGUACGGUUCUUGGAUGAUACCAGCGUUGAUUUAAUAGC